AUGAAAGGAGCACUACUGGGCGAAGCGCCCGCCAAGAGCUUCAGCUCCAGGUUCAUGCUGCGCCUCUCCGAGAGCAGCGACGUGCUCGGGAUCAUAGCGAGGUGCAUGCAGGCGGUGACGCCGCACCUCAAGGUGGCCGCGGAUGGCCUCAAGAGGGAGCUCGUCCAGCUUCCAACCCAGGAUUUCUCCUGGGUGGAGAGCUCCCCCUUCAGAGAGACAGAGUACUGGGUCGAUAUACACAGGACCUUGACCCAAUGUCUUCGUCCAGACCCGCUCUGUUGCGGCGGCCAUGAUGAUCCCAUCGUCCCUUCUACUUGUAACAGCAGCAAGACCGACAAACAAUCAUCGUUGUCACCAUCAAAGACGAGGUUGGCGUGCACACUGUUUCCAGAGCAGGUGAUUACGGUCUAUCUGCAGUGCUAUAUCUCGCCGACGGCUCGAGCUCCGCAUAAAACAUAUGGGGGGAGUAGAAGAAGGUCUCUGAAAAAUCCAGGUCUGAAGCUGUCAGUCCUUUUUAUUCCCCAUGACUUCCCAGAGGGCAUAGAGCCUCACGACGACAGCUUUGCUUUCGAGGUGAUCGACGGGAAGGAGCAAGAAACGGUCCAUCGAAAUGCGACCUUGCAAGACGUAGACGAGAAGCUGCUCCGCAAGGCCAUGGAUCACCUCUACCGGAGCUCCGAAUCCAGGAUGUAUCAGCUGUGCCUGAGGUCCAGCCAUGGCACCGCGCAACUCUGCGUGGAGAAGACGACGCCUGCAACGCGUGUGCGGAGUAAAGGAACCGCCGCAUCACGGUUGCAGAUCAAUGGAAGCAAAAGGGUGGUGGAUCGGAAACGAGAGGAUUACAGAAUAAAGGGAUGGCAGGAUGCGUCGAGGGACCUGCUCAAGCUAUGGGUCGUGCGUGCGUCUGACAAGCUCUGCAUGGCUCACUCAGCUCCUGGACUGUCAAGUCCCCACUGCAGAGCUAAUCCCUCCCCUUGCCUUCUGAAAUCUAUUUAUCUAGUAGGCACACUACGGAGAGUCUAG